CCACAACAAAGUUAUAGUUCAUCAUCAGUCAAUUCGGAGAGCCCCAGCAAAGUACUCGAGCAAGACACACUCCAAAAUGCAGUCCACCGUCAUCUUGACUUUCUUCUUAGUGUGCGGUUUGGUCCUCUUGGACACGGCCUCAGCCAAAUUUUGCCAAAAAUACAAGGCGGACUGCGGAGUGACCGACAGAAUGAUCAGCAGCUAUAAGCAAUCCAAUUAUCGGAUUUUUGAAUUGCGCAAAUGCGAAAUGCAUUGUCGGUCUAAGAAUGCAGCUUACGUGGUUUUUGCUCUCGGGACUUGCAAGUGCUAUAGAACAUGUAAAUAUUCCCAUCAGUCCAUGUUUUCGUCGCUCUUGUUUCCUCUGGGUAGCGAUAUCAACAAUAUCUGCCGAUAAAGAAGUGUCUUUUGCACCAAACGGGAUCGAUAUUGAAAUGAAUAAACAAGUUGAUGUGCCAUGACGAAUAAUUUUGAUUGAUUUCUCCUCAAAAAUAAAAUGAUCCUCGAUUAAGAACAACUUCACCAUUUUGUUAUUGCUUUGGUAAUUCAGAUACUGUUGUGGAAUGCCCUCGGAUAAGGGAUAUAUUUUUUCC